ACGGAGAGGAUUUGCGUUUGGGAGCAAGGCGGAUUGGGAAGCAUAGCUCGUGGAAAUGAUUUGAUCGGCACUCAUUAAAAAUUCAUUAUUGGCUAAAUCCAGCCACCCAUAGAACGUUGCCAAAACGGCUUCAGCCCGAACUGAACGGAAUUGGAUGAUAAAGCCGAAUACAGCUGCCGUGGGAUUACGUGCGCGCCGGCUGGUCGCGGCUAUGCCGACGUGUCAUGGUCUGCAGCUCUGUGAUCCAGCGGCGGUUCUUUAGACUUAUCAGAUCUGGCAGCCAGCUAUCCGAUGUCCUCCUCCUCCUCCUGCAAGUGCCUCCAAUCAAACGGCAAGUAUAUGCGCAGCUCAGCGUGUCGUUCUCCCACGCGUGUGCCGCGUAAAGGUCCACCAUGACGGACAGCAUCCUGAGUAAGGCUGCCACGAUGGAGAUCCCCAUAAACAGAAACGGGGACACACGGACGGCUGAAGAUGACAGUCUGGAGCAGGACCUGCAGCAGGUGAUGGUGUCUGGGCCCAACCUGAACGAGACGAGCGUCGUGUCCGGAGGCUACGGGGCGGCCGCCGAGGUCAUCAUCCCCACCUGCUCAAUUAAAGGACCAGCUAUACUUUUCAAUGAAGAGUAUUUUGAAAGAAGAUGCGGUAACGCUCCCAAACCAGCACACGCCAUGCACCCCAGUAGCAGCAACCCAUCCUCCAUGUCUGAGGAGACCACGCGUGGCAUCGCUGUGGAAAAGUUUGACAGCAUGAAGAAAUGGGGCAUUAACACUUACAAGUGCACCAAGCAGAUGUUCUCGGAGCGCUUCGGGCGCGGCUCCCGCACCGUGGACCUGGAGCUGGAGGCCCAGAUCGACGUGCUGCGCGACACCAAGCAGAAGUACGAGCACGUCCUGGGUCUGGCCCAGGCGCUCACUGAGCACUUCUGCAGCAUGGUGCAGACGCAGCAGGCCCUGGGUGACGCCUUCGCCGACCUCAGCCAGAAGUCCCCGGAGCUGCAGGACGAGUUUGGCUACAAUGCAGAGACCCAGCGGCUGCUGUGUAAGAAUGGGGAGACCCUGCUGAGUGCCAUCAACUUCUUCGUGUCCAGCAUCAACACCCUGGUCAACAAAACCAUGGAAGACACACUAAUGACCAUCAAGCUUUACGAGAACGCAAGGUUGGAGUACGACGCCUACAGGACAGACCUGGAGGAGAUGAGCGUGGGACCGCGGGACGCUGCUGCCCUGGCAGGCAUCGAGAUAGCACAGCAGGACUACCACGUCCACAGAGACAAGUACGAGCGUCUGCGUGGCGACGUCACCAUCAAGCUCAAGUUCCUGGAGGAGAACAAGGUGAAGGUGAUGCACAAGCAGCUCCUCCUCUUCCACAAUGCAGUCUCCGCCUACUUCGCUGGCAACCAGCAUCAGCUGGAGCACACCCUCAGGCAGUUCAGCGUGAAGCUGUGGCGACCUGGAGCUGAGCGUCCGUCCUGGCUGGAGGAGCAGUGACGUGCCCCCCCCGGGCCUCCGCAGACACGGGCCGGCCCACGCGUGGAGGCUUUUGGCCCGAGCUGGUGGGCAGGAAGGCGGUGAGGGCCUUCGCUGUUCACGCACCAUGAAAGCAGAUCUGGUUUAUUUGAAACCAGCUUGUAUUUGGAUGAACCGGAAAGGAGUGAGACGUUUUUACUUUCCGCUCCCAUCUUUUGUGUUUGUAUUGAGAUUUUUGAGAUUAUUUUGGAUGGGUUUUUUUUGUUUUUUUGUUUUGUUAAACAAAGUAUAACAUGCCCACAUAUGUGGCAGGCACCUUCUAGGAUAAUCACCUAUAAUUUAGACUGAGAAUUAAGUGUUGUUUGGUGAGUGUGUGUGUGUGUGUGUGUGUGUGUGUGUGUGUGUGUGUGUGUGUGUGUGUGAACAUGGACAGCAGUGCAUGCUGGAGUGGAUCAUUAUAAUGGACCAUGUUCACAAUAACUGUUUAUAGUAUAUGUUAUAAAAAGGUAAUUAAUGUAUAUUAUUGUGUAAAUUACAGUGUAAAGUCCCACAUAUCAGAUUAAACACAUUUUGAAAAGA